AUGUCGGCUGCCCAACCCAUGGCGACCCCACCAGAGGUCCCGGUGGACGUCGCCUCCACCCACCCAUCCUCCUGCUCCGCCUCUGCGGCCUCCACCUCUUCCUUGGCACGAUGGCGACUGGCACAGGGGAUGACCGAUGCCCGGGCGAGCACGAGUCAGACCUCGACCACCCCCAUCACCAAAGAGAAGGCUCAAGAAGCGGACGGAGGAGCAGAUGAAAGAAGGCGUGCGCGACGCCCUCCCCAGGUCACGUUGAUUGACACGGCGGAUCGAAAGGCCGCGUCGGCAAAUGGCUCGCCUCCACACGAGUACAACCCUGCGGCCAACCUGGCCAGCUCCCGCUCCGGCGAAGGACGCGCCUAUCGACCCAUCGCCUCCGACAAGGUGCGCCGCUCCGUGUCCGACUCCCAAGCCGUCGUUGGCCCUGACUUGCGCCUCACGGAGCAGCGCAGCGGGGACGUACCGACGGCCAUUGCGGCGGCGGUGCCGGGCAUCGCCCAGGAACGUAUCGCAGCCGCGGAGGCCUGCGCCAAUCGCUGGAGCAGCGAAGUGCGACGCAGCACCGCCGACGAGGAAGACCUCCUUCGGGCCUACCGACAGCUUGAGUCGCAGCUGCGCGCGGCCGAGAAGAGGGUGACGGCGGCGGAGGCGAAGCAGCAGCGAGAGGUGAAGGCGCUGAAGGCGCAGCUGCAAGAGGAGCAGGAGACGCGGCUGAAGGCGGAGCAGGACCGCGACGAGUUACUGAAGCAGGCGACGGAGAGUCCGGCGCUCUCACCGCGUACCCACACGACGCCUGGCGGAAGCGUUGUGCACGUGAGCGUGGAGGGAGGCGAUCGCUCGCACGCUUCUGGGAAUGGCGGUGCUGCUGCAGGCGGCACGGGCUGCUCCUCCUCCGCCAGUGCCAACACCGCCACCUACAUCAGUGAGGCUUUUUAUGAGAAAAUGAAAGAGCGCGAGGAGCGCGCACGCGCACGGGUGCGGAAGGAGUUUGUGCGGCAGGCGCAGGAGAACCUCUACGCCGAGCAAAAGAAAUCGACGGAGGCGGCGAAGGCGGCCGCCCUCGCCGUCGGUAGACUCCAGCAGGUCGAGGAGGAACUCAACAAGGCGCAGGAUGCUUUGCAGGAGGCAACGAGUGUGAUGGAGGCGAAGGACGUCCAGCUGCACGAGCGCGCCAUCCACAUUCAGGAGCUGGAGGCGCAACUCCGUCUCCUGCAGCGACAGCUGGACAGCGCUGAGGAGGCAAAGGCACAGGCCGAUCAGCAGGCACGAAGAAAGGUCGAGGAGACACAGAAACUGGCCGAUGUGCGCCAAGGCGAGCUCGAGGCGCAGCGGCACUUUGCGCAGCAGCUGCAGGCGCAGCUAGGAUUGAAGACACAGGAUUUGAUUGAUCAGGAGUCGAACCAAGCGAGCGUGCUGCAGCAGGUGCGUGCACUGCAGACGCGCUGCACGGCGUUAGAGGCGGACCUGGAGGCGGCGGUGCGGGAGACAACUGCACUGCUUGACCAGCGGCGCCAGCAGGCGGAGACGGACGCGAAACAGAUGCGUGAGCACAACGAAGUACUCAAAAAGCGCUGCUCUGCUGCGGAGGCGGAAGUGGCGAGUGUGAAAGGCAAGUGCGAGUCGGAUGCGAAAGAAAUGGCCCUCCUAAGAGAUCGGUAUGCGAAGGACCUCAGCGAUCAGCACGUCGAGGUGCGCAGUCUGCAGCUGCAACUGGAGCGGGUGCUGGAUGCCGCGAAGCACAACUCUGCAGAGAACGUCACGGCCGCGGAUAUCGAGCGGCAGCAGCAGAAUGCACUCCUGCGUAAGUACGCGGCGGAGGCGACGGCGGCGCGCGAAGAGCUCGAUCGCGCACGGGCCGCGGCGCACCGCGCGAAUGAGAAGCACCUUCACACUGUUCUGGAGCUGUCGCAGCAGCUGACCGCGCUGAAGCAGGCAAACACACGGCUGGAGCACAAGGUGAACGCGUACGAGCAUGAGAGCACCGAUGCAACGAGGCUGCUGUCGCGGGCCCGGGAGGAGUUAUCGCAGCUGCGCGAGGAGCGUCGCCGACUGAGUGCGUCGUUGGUCGAUUUCCGCGAGGACAGUUACAUGCGGAGCGUGACGGAUGAACAGGACGUGUGGCAGCGACGCACGGCGGAGCUGGAGAACGUGCGGCGUGAUUUGAACGAGAAGCUUCUCCAGGCAAACCAAACGAUCGAGGAUCUGCAGCGCCGUUCGCAGUACGCCAUCGAGCCGAACAGCCACACCUCGCCCGCCAGCAUCAACGUUCCAUCCGUGCGAGGUGCUUUUCUCAUGGAAGCGCAGCCUCGUCGAAGUUCUCAUCUCUCACACCGCGAGCCAGACGUCAUGGAGCACGUAAACGGUGACAGCACGAACUGCAGACGACGACAGCCUUCGCCUCCCUCUGCCGCCUCCGCCACGGCCUCCCUCGGGCUUCCAGAGCUAUUGGAGUCCAUGGUAGCGCAACUGGAGCCCAUUGUGCACCCCCACUCUCACCGCGUGCAGAAGGAAGAGGACAAGACGAGACGAUCCGUGUCUUUCUCGUCUUCUGCAUCGCUGCCCUUCUCACGGCGGGAGCACCAACUACAACAGCAGCGGCAGUCGAUGCCGGUGGAAGAGCGAGAGGCGCUGGACCAGGUGCUGGCCAGCUGUAAGACGGCGCUGCGAUACGACUCAGAGUCGCAGCACGUCGUAGACUCCCCCUCAAGGCCACGUGGGGAUGACCAUGAAACAGAGGAAGAGAAGCAGCUACGCGGGAUGCGUGAGAACGCAAGCGAACCUACACCGCAGUCACUCACCCACAGUUCUGCGACGCGACUGUCAGCCAGUCCCACACAAUGGCCGUCGUCCGCAGCCGCUCCGCACGAGCCGCCACACCAGCAGCAGUACACGGGGGCACCGAAGGACGAUCUUCCGUCUCCGCAAGACCGCAUCGCGCGGCCGCGCCGGAGCUCGCAACCGUCCGUUUCGUCGGUGGCCACGGAUGAGGUGAUGCUACGCCCCAACGGUACUUCAGCAGCCACACCGACACGGCUUCCGAGACGUGACGCUGCAGCUGCCGCGAAGCCGUCAUCGCAGCCCGCCACCCACGCGGAGGAGACGAGAGGGGUGCAGAGGCGAGAGGGUAGAUGCGAAGACAACGGGUCUCGAAGAGGUACGGAUGCUUCCCUCUUGAAAAAUAUCAGGACUGUGCAACCGAAUGAUCGGGAUGAGCUGGAGUCUGAGCCAUACUGGGACAGCCGCGAGCUGGAAGCCCCUCCAACUGCGUCUGCGUCUCCGCCCGCAAGCCUCGGUGCGCUGCAGAGCUCGCCUGACGCUCCGCCGCGGGAGAUCUCGCCUGCGCUUCCAACUUCUGCUGCGAACGGCGUAAUGGAAAUGCCGGAUGACGUUCAAAGCGACGGUGUUUUGCGGUACUCGCGAAUCCCCGACGAGGCACUCUCCUCUAUUCCGCGAGAAGGUUCUCCUGACGCGUUCGUUGUCCAGCCUGCGGUCGCGGUGGGCGAUGCCGCCUCCGAUCUGUUUCGCAAUGUACCGUACGCAUCGGCAGGGUCGUCCACUCCUCGUUCACCGCACCAGCGGUACGACCCGCACUCCUUGACUAUCCCCAUGACGUCGACACACCCUCGCGUUCGACAACGGGCUGCCAUUCCGGACGGCGCUCUGGUGAUUGAUGUGAAGCAAAGCACGCCACCACCGCCACGUAGACGUUAUGAUGAGUACUAG